AUGGAAUUUCUCGCUGGUUGGACCCACGCAUGCGGAAAGAAGUCCAAACGUGAGUGUAAUUUCCUUAUAGCGGGCGUAGUAGCAGUCUCUUUCCUUGUCCUCGUGGGACUUUCUGCCCUUCACUUACCAGAGCCUUUCACGAUCGAGCCGGGGGCGACCCUUCCUGCGGUGACACUCUUGGUUUGGACUUAUCCGUUCGGCAGGGUGAAGCCUCUACCAGAUUGUAUGGAACGCUACGGUGUCUACGGCUGUGUAUUGACGGACGACAAGAGCGCGUACCCAUACGCAGACGGAGUGCUCAUGCAGCAUCUUGCCAUCGAAGCAGGAAUUUCCAAGUUGCCACCUGAAGCAGGCCGCCCCCCGGGGCAGAAGUGGAUAUGGUUCAAUUACGAGUCUCCCACAAACACACAUGACCUGUGGCGUAUGGAGGGGCUUUUUAAUCUCACCAUGACCUAUAGAGCUGAUUCGGACAUCUUCCUCCCCUAUGGCUACCUGGUCCACAAGCAUGGCCACGGGAAGCCGCUCACAAAACCUUCAAGAAUUCCUCGUCCUGGUUUUGUAGCGUGGGCUGUGAGUAACUGGGAAGAGUCAUAUGCCCGUGUUGCAUUCUACUACGAGUUGAGGAAGUACAUCCAGAUUGACGUGUUUGGCCGAGCCGGUAAAAAAAUUACCAGAGGCCCCAAAAACUUGGUGAACCUUUUAAGGCGCUACUACUUCUAUUUAGCUCUGGAGAACUCUCAGCAUACGGAUUACAUUACAGAGAAGCUUUGGAACGCCGUGUCUGCAGGAGCCGUGCCAGUGGUCCUGGGCCCAACCCGGAAGGACUAUGAGCGCUUUCUGCCGCCGGAGGCCUUCAUCCACGUGGGCGAUUUCCCUUCGGUCAAAGAGCUGGCCCGGUACCUGCUGCAGCUCAGGAGGGAGCCGGCUCGGCGGAUGUUUCACCUGAGUUGGAGGACACGCUUUCGAAUGCACGAGCCGGCCUUAUGGUUUGAAUACUACUGCACUGCCUGCAAGGCUCUGAGGAAGACUGUGGGACAAACUCAUGUGGUUCAUAAUUUGACGCAAUGGUUUGACUCCUGA